ACCAACUUCAUCGGCAUUCGAGUACGCUCCUUCAGCGCCUCAACUUCCGUCUUGUGCGGCGAUUCCCUCGGAGGGCACUGCGCGCUGAAGGCUGUAGAUCCUAAUUCGCAUGCGCAGUCAAUGUUAUCGCUCAUUGGGACCCUAUGGGCGGGGUUCGUGCUCGCUGUCCUAGUAUCUCAAUACGACUUUGGUGCAUACUGGUCCUCUCCUCUCUUCUCCAGGCGGAGGUACGCGUCGGCUCAAGGUCAUGGGCCGAUGAGGGAAAGAUGAGGGACUUUCGAGGCGCUCUUGGAUACGCUCGGUGGCCUUCCAUCCAUCUUAGAGUGAGACGCAGCCGUCGUCGUAGCCAAGAUCAGAUCGUAGACCUCGACAAAUAUUAUUUCAUCGAUCAUCCUGUCAUCGCUCUUCUACAGUCUUCAACUGGCGUGAGCCGGUAUUAGCAAACUAGCAGCAGAGACGCAGAAGGCCCAUCGCAUGACGUUUCCAAGCAGCCGUUUGC